ACGACACGUCAGGUAGGGACUUGGUCUGUUGGGAUUUGAGAAGUCUAUGCUAGAGCGGUAGUAGAUAUUUUAAUUCAUAAAUGGAAUAAUGUAAUAUAUUUACAAUGGGUGGACAAAAAUUUGAAUACGAUGAAAGUGGAUCAACAUUCUUUUACUUUGUUUUAUCAUUCCUCGCUCUUAUAUUGGUGCCGGCGACAUUUUAUUAUUGGCCGAGAAAACGUAAAGAAGAUCCGGCAAAACAAGCAGAACUAUGUCAAUGUCCAAAUUGCAUACAGAAACAAAUUAUCAUAGAACAGUCAGAACCAUACAAGAAAGUAAAAAACUUUUUUAUUAUGUUGGCAAUAAUCUCAGGGUGGGUGCUGCUUGGUUUCUUAGCAGCUAAAGUGUCCCAGUUUGAUUAUGAGAUGUCUAAUUUUGACCCAUAUGAAAUAUUGGGCUUACCUCCAGGUGCUACGCAGGGAGAAAUUAAAAGAUCCUAUCGUAAACAGUCUUUGAUACUUCACCCAGAUAAGGAGACGGGAGAUGAAAAGGCUUUUAUGAAAUUGACAAAAGCGUAUCAGGCCCUAACAGAUGAUGAAGCCAGAAGAAAUUGGGAAAAAUAUGGGAACCCAGAUGGUCCAGGAGCUAUGAGCUUUGGUAUAGCAUUACCAAGUUGGAUUGUAGAGAAAGAGAAUAGUGUGUGGGUCCUGGGGCUGUAUGCUCUUGUGUUUAUGGUGGCAUUGCCAACUGCUGUUGGCACCUGGUGGUAUCGCUCAAUUCGGUUUUCCGGAGAACAAGUUUUGUUAGAUACAACACAAAUGUAUUUUUACUUCUGUCAUAAAACACCGUCCAUGCCUCUGAAGAGAGCACUAAUGAUUCUAGCCGCUUCAUGUGAGUUUGACAGAAGGCAUAAUUCAGAGAUUAUAGAAAGAAUAACUGACAAUGAAGAGGUUCCAAUGCUUCUACGUGAGCUUCCAAACUUAGGGGAAAAAAACAAGGAGCAACCGUUAUGUCGUCCAUAUAGUAUAAAGGCUCGGGCGUUGUUGCACGCACAUCUGAUGCGUAUGCGUCUACCGGAAGAAACCUUGGAAGUCGACCGUCGGUACAUCGUGUCACGAUGCCCUAAUCUUAUUGUAGAAAUGGUCAACUGUGUGAACCAACUCAUUGCACUUGCUUAUGCCAGAAGAAUACCUCGGCUGCCCACGAUAGGUACUAUCGAAAAUUGUAUGAAGCUAUCGCCAAUGAUUGUUCAGGGGCUCUGGGAUUACAAAUCCGCACUGCUACAACUGCCGUAUAUUACGGAAGACCAUUUGAAGUAUUUCACGAAUCGCAAGAAGCACAUCAAGUCUUUAUUACAAUUGGCUCAGCUGUCCGGCGAGGAAAGGAGACAAGUGCUCCGAUUCUUGAAUGACAAACAGUAUGAUGACGUCAUGAAAGUGCUAAGCAAUAUGCCGUACAUACACUUCCAAGUCAACACUGAAGUAAUUGACGAUGAGAACUCGACAGUGGUAACAGCCGGAGCUAUAGUGACUGUGACGGUGCUCUUACGAAGGACUAACAUGAAAGAGCUCUUCGGUGAUACUACAGUUAAAGAAAAAGCAUUGAAAGAAGACGAAGAAGGUGGCGGAGAUAUUGCAGAAAAAGGUGAAAACGAUAAGAAUAAUAAAACUGAUAAAAAUGACAAGAAGGACGUGUACAAACGGCCCGUGUGGAUGAAGCAGAAGAAAGGCACCGCUAAGAAGGUUAAAAAGCCCGCAGCUAAACAGCAGGUUAAGCCUGCCGCAACGCCGGCAGUUGUGCCAAACAAUGAUAAACCUAAAGAAAAUAAAGAACCAAAGAAAAAGGAUGAGGAAGGAGGCGAGGAGUCUGAAGAUGGUAGUUCGGAUGAGUCGGGCAGCCAUAGCGACGGGUCCGGCGAGGAGUCGCGCGACAAGUCGUCAGCGCCUGACGAUGACGACGACCAGUGGGACAAGUUCCAGAAACGCCUUCAGAAGCGUGAGAGGCUCGAGGGACGCUCCAAGAGCUCGCAUCCAGUGCACUGCCCAUACUUCCCCUUGGAGAAGCAGGAGUACUGGUGGUGCUACAUCUGCGACCGGAAGUCCAACACGCUACUGACUGCGCCCGCGCACGUCACAGCACUAGUGGACUCGCACGAGCUACAGUUACGCUUCACAGCGCCGCGGUGGCCCGGCCUAUACACCUUCGCCUGCUGUCUGCGAUCUGAUUCCUAUAUCGGGAUGGAUCAACAGCAGGAUAUGAAGAUGGACGUGAAAGAGGCGGCGGCUGUACCAGCGGAGCAUCCGCAAUGGGACCUAAGUGAUUCAGACUCCGAAAAUAAUGAAGAGGGUGGCAAUGAGAGUGAAUUCACAACAGACGACGAGGUUGAAGAAGAGUAAUAUGAAAAUUAAGUUAUUUUUAUAGAGUUUUUAAUGAGAUGUAUCUACGCGGAAUAUUGUUGUUGUAUGAAUAUUGAGAGCGGAUGAAUAUAGUAACUUUUAUAUUCAA